UGUCUAACCCAAUUUUAGGGAGAAGAAUAUUCCACAUUAUUCUACCAUCUUCUGGAGGAUUUCAAAACUUGACACGUCCAUCAUUGCACCAAAAAACUCCCUCCUAAACCUUCAAGAAACUCCUAGAAAUGUCAUCUACCUUCCUUAUCCUUACAUUCUUCCUCUAGAAUCUUCGCCUCACCACCUUUAUAAAUUUCUCCCCUUCGUCACAAUCUUCAUCAGCAAAAUCAUAAAAAUUCACUCAAAACAUUCUCAGAAUCUUGUAAACAAUUUCAAAAAUUCCGCUCACAAGAAAACGAAAGAUGGAUUUCCGAUUCACAGGAUUCGAUUCUCCAGUCUUCAAUGCCUUAUCUCACUUCCUCGAUCACGACGAUUUCACUCCUCAAACAACCACCGAAAAAUCUUCCGCACCAUCCAACGCAUACGUCCGAGACGCUCGUGCAAUGGCUCGUACUCCGGCAGAUGUGAAGGAGUACCCGAACUCGUACCAGUUCAUUAUCGAUAUGCCAGGAUUAAGGAGUGCAGACAUAAAAGUGCAGGUGGAAGAUGAUAAUGUGCUGGUGAUCAGUGGAGAAAGAAAGAGAGAAGAGGAGAAAGAAGGAGUGAAGUACAUAAGAAUGGAGAGGAGAAUCGGAAAGUUUAUGAGGAAAUUUGUGUUGCCGGAGAAUGCGAAUACGGAGAAGAUCAGCGCUGUUUGUCAGGAUGGUGUAUUGACUGUAAGUGUUGAGAAACUGCCUCCUCCUGAACCUAAGAAACCUAAGACCAUUGAAGUUAAGGUUGCUUGAUCAUCUUCUUGGGAUUCCUGCUGGGUGUUUUGUGCUGCUGCAUCUGCUAUCUUUUUUAAUAAUAAUGUAUGUUGUGUAUGUGAUGUUAGGAUUUCAAGGGUAUAUUAUAUCUUAAUACUAUAUGUUUUGUAAUGGCGUUUAAUGGCGUUUAUUUUAAUAUGAGUAUGAGUAAUUUGGUUCU